CGCACGUGGACGCAUACCAAGAAAUGUCAUCCGCGGCACCGGUCACGGUGAAACAGGAGAGGCAUGAUGAAGCCGAAAUCAAGGAGAUGGCGGCUAAGAUAGUGGAGGCACACAAGCAACAGUCGGCAAAGGCGGCAGCGGCCGCCGUACAACAGCAACAAGUGCCGCCAGUCCGUACAGGGGCAGCGGCAACGGCGACAGUGACCGCGAACGGUGUCGUCGCACCCGGCCAGACAAACAUACUGAACUAUUUAACGCGCAAACCGACGACGGUGCCGGCGAACGCGGCCAAUGUUAUGGCGGCAGCUGGUACGGUGGCCACCGUUGCCCUGCCGCUCGGAAGCGGCCAAAGCGUGGCCUCGAACGGCAGUGGCAAAGCGUACGAUGGUGGUGGAUCGGAGGUGAAUGGCGGUGGCGAAAAGAAGGCGAACGACGAGGAAAGCCAGAAGGGCCACUUUGGCUGGGAAGUGUUUCCGACCAAGGUGCAUAUACCGUUCAUUUUGCGCCAGCAGGAACGGUACUGUGCGGUGCGUAUGGUCGAGAUGAAGCUGCUGAACAAGUAUCUGAACUAUCUGCAUCAGGACAUCUACACGUGCACGUGCGUCCGGUCGUACUACAUUACCGAUGCGGAGUGUAAGCUGCUGAAUGAGAUUAAUCAGAAGCACAGCGACAUGCAGUUCGGCCGGGAGCUGUUCACGCUGAAAGAUCUGGUCGUGCGGGUGUCCGAUGCGUACAAGUUCUUCCAGUUCCUGGAGGUGUGCUACAAGAAGCUGCUGAUGGGUUGUAGCACCCCGAACGACAAGUGUGGCUUCAUCCGCAUCAACAAGGAAUCGGUGGUACCGUACACGGUGCGCGACUAUCAGAAGAUGGUGCCACUGUUUUACUUCGAGGGUGAAACGGACAACUUGAAGCUGAAGGCGGACAACCUUUCCGGGUGGGAUCUGUCGUACCUGAAGUUCUGCUGCAAGGUGCAGGGCAUACGGAAUGAGCUGUUCGCUAGCGAUUCGGUUGCGGUGAUCAGUUUGACCGACAUCAAGGGUUACUUUCCGCCUGGCACCGAGUUUGAGGAUUACUGGCCGAGCAAGGUGGUCGAUUCGCAGCUCCUGUCUGGGCCGAAGUCAAACACCAUCCACUGGACGCGGCAGCCGGCUCAACCACCACCGAAAGCACCGGCCAUACUGAACAGCAAUGCGCCAGCACGGAAGGCCGCCAGCAACGUCUACCAGACGCUACAAACGCAACAGAAUCUUGCCAAAACGAACAACCAAAUGACCAGUAUUACAGCUGCUGUACAGGCCCUUACCAACAACUGGAACAUGCUGCCAUCGAAUCAUCCCAACCUGCUCUCUCCCCAACAUGAGCAACUGCUACGACUUAGUCAAGCCCAACAGGCUGCUCAGGCCCAGGCCCAGAUACGCAACAUCCAAAACAUGCACUCGAUGCAGCAGUACAAUUCCUUCCUGAACACCAUGUCACGAUCGUCACAAAACCAGCAGGUACCACCACCAUUGGUCCGAUCGGCACAGGUCCAAGCUCAUCUGUCGAGUGGUGGCAGUGGCGCAUCCUCAGUCCUUCGUUCGAGCUCGAACUCCGCCGGUAGUAGUGGCAAUGGCAAUACCUUACCGAACCUAAACCCCGCUCUGUCCAUAUUCGCAACCACCAGUAGCCCGAACGGCACUGUCAACCUGUCCCGCUUGAAUCAGCAACAGAUAAGCGAGCUAACGAUGGCCAGUGCGGCCGGCAUGGCAAAUGGCACCGGGAGCAGUCGUACAGCCGGCAAGACUAGCACGAACCGAAGUGCGGCUAAUACUGCUGCGGAUAUUGUUUCCAUUACUGCUGCGUUGGCAUCCGGCAGGCAACCGAGUAGCGCCAACAGCAGCACUAGUAGCAGCAACAAUCUGGAUGGAUUUUCAUUCAGCAUGAAUCUGGGAGGACGAAACAUAACCAUCAUACCGGCAGGCAAACGAGGUGCUGGUACCGCGUUGGAAGAAUUGGCCGGGUAUAGCGGUGGAGGAGCGAAUGGUAGACAGCAGUCGGUAGCCUACCCGAAGAAUCCGAUCUCUAUCACAGCUGUACCGGUUGGUUCGCCGACACGUGCCUCACCGAAGGGCGGUCAGGCAAAGCAGCCCCCGCCGGCACUGAUACCGGUCGGCGGUGGGACCGAGCUGAUGGAUAAUUUCGGCACCAAUGGCGUUGAUUUGUUGGCUCAUUUGCGGCUCAGUAAGGAUAUCGAAAUCAUAAACGAGCAUUUAUUGGAAGUGGGCCGUGGAGGAGGUGGCAUGAACGGUGACCACGGGCACGGAAGCAACAGUAACAGUGGCAAACAUUUACCAUCGUAUCGGGAAAGCACCACCAACAGCAGCACCGGCUCAGUAGUAGUUCCUCAGAGUGUUAUAGUACAUGAUAAAAGUAGACCGACCAGUAGUAGUAGUAGUAGUAGUAAUAGGGUUGAGUAUACCAGAAAUCAGAGCGUUAUCACUACCGCUGGCAGCCGACAGCGUGCCAGCGACAGUGAGUUUGCCAUUGGCACCGGUGCUAGUGACGGAAGAGCUUCCUAUCUGAACGCACUUAUCGCAGCAGGAUUGUCGGAUGUAAUCGAUCUAUCUUCUACCCCAAGGUCCAACAUGGGAGCAUCGUUACCUCCGCAUUUGGUACAGCAGGCAGCUGCUGCGGCCGUAGCCCAGCAGCAGCAGCAGCAGCAACAACAACAGCAGUCACAGUCCGGCCGGCGUUCGACUGCUUCCGCCUCGUCGGGCCUAUCCGGUGGACGGGGAGGAGUUUCGAUCAGCUCGUCCAGCGGGGCAGGCGGCAGCGGUAAUGGAACGAGCGGUGGCACCAACAGCUACCGGAACUCGAGUGUGGCCGCGAUACAGCAGCAGCUACACCAGCAGGUUCAGCAGGCUCAGCAGCAGGUACAGCAGGUGCAACAUCAGCAACAUGCAGCUGCAACAGCCGCAGCAGCAGCGGCCAUUAACAAUAUGGCAGGAGAGACAAGGCAUGGCAACAUGAUCGUGCUGCCGGAGAUGAAUGUGGGCGUUACGCAGUACAAACCGUACGAGGUGGUGAAAAAGCCGGUCGAGAACAAGAUCAUCUACUGCGUGAACAAAACGCCCUACCGGAAUACCGAGUAUCUGAUGACGAUCUUCGAUCUGAAGGAUGUGUUUUUCCCGUACAUCAGCUUGGAUGCUUGCCGGCGGGUGCUCAGCGCAUUGGACAUAAAUCUCUACGUUGGCAAUAGCUUGCAGUAUCAGGCCCUACAGGAGGCUGGACGCACGAAUGUGGACAAAAUGCCCAUGAUUCAGGUGACGGACGUCAUGACGUUCAUGCCGCAGUUGCAAUACAUGAUCCGCAGCAGCAACCUGAACCAGGAAACGCCGGCCAACAAGCGGGCUCGUAUCAGCUAGGAAUUGGGGUGGGGGGUACAGCAGCAGUGCCCUCAGAGCACGAUCGUACCGGAUAUAAUUUCAUCAUCUACGUCGAGUCGUGUUGGCACUGGGACUGGUGGCAUUGGCGAUUCGUUUACCGGCAGCAUUG